AUGGGUAAGUCACUAGCAGACCCCGACCCCGACCAGGAGAACAGGAAACGAAAGGCCAUUGCACAAGGCCAGAAGGCAUGUAAUAUGUGCAGGCUGCGCAAGGUGAAGUGCAGUUUCGAGCUGCCUUGCCAGACUUGCACUGAGCGUCAACAUCCUGAGCUAUGCACAUACGACCCUCCUCUAAAGCGCCUGCACCUCGAGCCUAGCGCUUUCUCGGCGGUUAUAACGCCAUCAUCAGAGCCGUGGGUGCCGUCCAGAGAGGAUUGGGAGCAGAUGUCUAGCAAAGUAGACAGGCUGGAAAACACAUUGCAGUUGCUGCGGAGCGAACUCGCGCGGAAGACACGCGCAACAGCGAGCCGAUCCAGUCCCUCGACAUCUGACGAGGGAGUCGAAUCUGGAGCUGACUUGUCGCGAGAUGUGCAUGCAAAGCAUCCACUUACUGGGGAUGCCGUGUACUUGGGAGCUAAUUCGGUGCCGGCUAUGGCCAUGGCGCUUGCCAGAUCGGACGAUGCAGACACCAUCCAAGAUCUUCUUGAUAAGAGUAUCCUGCCCAUUUUUGCUCUUGAGAAUGAAAACGCGACAUAUCCCUUCGUUGACCUUUGGGGUUUACCCCAUGGCUCUGUAGAAAGGAUCGAGAGGCUCUGCGCAUUAAUACCUGCCGACACCGAUUGCUUCCAAUAUCUGCGACAGUACCGGGAUACAGCGCACGUCCUAUUUCCUGGCAUCAUCAACAUACAACAGUUUGAAGCCGACGUUACACAUUUCCUUACUGCACGCACCGCGAUGUCACUCGAUCCCCAGAGACCUCCGCUGACGGAGCAAAAUGUGUACGGGAAGAAUGUGCAUUGGCUUGGGCUUUUAUUCGCCUGCCUAGCGUCCGGUUGUCAGUGCUCGAACAUGCCGCGGAAGGAGCGGCAGCUUACCUCUCAGGUUUACGUCUGCUGUGCGUAUGAAUGCUUGCGCAUCAUCAACUACCUUUCAUGUGCUCAACCAGUCGAUAUCCAGAAUCUGUUGGUGCUCGGGAAUGUAAUUUCGAAUAGCAUGAAUGCUGGUGUUGCCUGGGUUCUGCUUGGCUUGACAACGCGGCUGGCGCAGGGUCUCGGAUUGCAUCAUGCACCUCCGCCGGGAACACCUCUAACAGAGGUCGCCGCCUGCCACGAUGUUUGGUCACGAAUCAUCUGGCAGGACAGCUUGCUAUCCAUAUCGUACGAUCGUGCGACACCCACGACAACAAUUAAUCGAUGGGUGGAGCUACAAGACUCUGGUCCUGAAGGCUUCUCGUACACCAAAUGCAUGCUUCACCUCAGCACAGUUGCGCUUGAGUUGAUGGGUAGCCAAGUCGCAGCGACCAGCGCCCGACUGGAAUCCGUACGCAUUGAAGAGCGCAGACAGGACAUCCUCGCAAUAGAAAAACGAGCAUGCGACCACUUGAGAGACAAAUCAGCAUGCCUGUCCAUAAAGGACCAUCUUGAACAUUGGAACUGGCACAUGCAUCGGUCGUACAUUAUCUCCGUGCUCUAUCGGCCUAGUCUUGCAAAGCGACUCCGUCUCCACAAGUCCAACGCGAGAUUACGAACUGCCUUCGUUGACGCAUUAACUGGCACUGUAGAGGCUUUCCUUGGCCUUUGCGGUGUUACUGAUUUCGCAAGAUUAUCAUGGGCAGCCAUGCAUAGGUCUCUGAGCUCGGCUCUGUUGCUAGGCAUCUUAAAGGAGCCAUCGCGAAACGAGCAUGUUCGAUCCAUGCUAGAAAGGCUCAUCUUUAUUGUGCUGGAUAUGGAAUCUUCUGAUGCAUCAGAACGACCGACACCGAUGUCGAGAGCUGCUGCCGCCCUACGACGACUAACUGGACAAGGCGACCCGGAGAGACCCAACGAAAGCGGCAGCUAUCAAACAACUCCCAGCGAUAGCCAAUCACCACUUAGACAGGUGGAUGCUAUACUGUGGGGUUUAUCAGGCCAGGCAACCUCCCGGUUUGGUGACUGGCAGGCCCAACUUUUGUAA